CCGCGGGGACAGAUCGCUGCUCUCCAGUGAGGCUUGAGGGUCCAGGCUGGCGCUUGGGGGUGGGGUUCUCGCUUGACGUUUUAGGGAAGAGGCUGUCUCACGUCCCGGGAUGAAGGCGGGUGCUUGCUCCGGAUCCAAGGAAGGAAUCCCGGCUUUUCCAUUUGUUUUCAAAGUAGAAAGCAUCUUUGCUCUCCACUCCCCAAACUGAAUCGCCAAAGGAGAAGAAGGGUCUUGGGGCCCUUUUGCUCCUAGUUCGUUAAGAAUGGAGAGGGAGUGGUCAGAGUAAAAGAGUUUGGGGACAAUUACCCAAACGGCUAGGGGUAGGAGUAGCGACAAGUAUUUUACGGGGAUGGAGGCGGUUCUUGCUAGAGUGUGGUCGCCUUUGUGAUUUACCUUCCAUGUGUAAGGAGUGGCAAAUUACAAAUGGACAGAAGGAUGGAGUGGAGCUGCUUGGUUGGGAAUACACAGAACUUGGUCAGAAAAGGGAGCAUUCUCUACCACGUGUGGGUGUUUAGGCAGGAGAGCUUUUUGAGUUGCCAUCUGGCACCAAGGGCUCAAGAAUGAGUAAGAAGGGAUAGGAGUCUUGGUGGCUCAAUAUACUUUUAUCACCUGAUGUAAAAUAAAUGUUUUUUCAUUUAUUUUGAGAGUGGGAGAGAGAGAGAAUCUUAAGCGGGGUCCGCACUAUCAGCGCAGAGCCUGACGCCUGGCUGGAUCUCGGGAAUUGUGAGAGCAUGACCUGAACUGAAAUCAGGAGUCAGAUGCUUAACCUACUUGAUUAAGGAGCCAGCCUGGAUCAUUUGUUGGCAGUACAUAUUGGCUGAAGUCAGUUUUCAUUUCAAGAUGUUUUCUUCCAAUGGGCUUUUGCUGUAGGAUGUUGGAAAACCAAGAGCAGGAGGAGGUGAUCACUGUGCGUGUUCAGGACCCCCGCGUGCAGAAUGAGGGCUCCUGGAAUUCUUAUGUGGAUUAUAAGAUAUUUCUCCACACCAACAGCAAGGCCUUUACUGCCAAGACGUCCUGUGUGCGUCGCCGCUACCGUGAGUUCGUGUGGCUGAGAAAGCAGCUACAGAGAAAUGCUGGUUUAGUCCCUGUACCUGAACUUCCUGGGAAGUCAACCUUCUUUGGCAGCUCCGAUGAGUUCAUUGAGAAGCGCCGGCAAGGUCUGCAGCACUUCCUGGAAAAGGUCCUGCAGAGUGUGGUCCUCCUGUCAGACAGCCAGUUACACCUCUUCCUGCAAAGCCAGCUCUCGGUGCCCGAGAUCGAAGCCUGUGUCCAGGGCCGAAGCCCCAUGACGGUUUCUGACGCCAUUCUUCACUAUGCUAUGUCAAACUGUGGCUGGGUCCAGGAGGAGAGGCGGGGUUCUUCUCACCUGGCUAAAGGAGACCAGCCUAAGAGUUGCUGCUUUCUUCCACGAUCGGGCAGGAGGAGCUCUCCCUCACCACCUCCCAGGGAAGAAAAGGACCAUUUCGAGGUUGGUCGCACAGAGGCGGGUCGCAAUAGCUCCUCAGGCUUCCUCCGCAGGAUUAAACACUGUACAGUUGUAAGGGAGGCCGUAUGUUCAGUCCAAUGGGGCGCAAGGGCUUUGUCUGUGCCUGGAGAGAGGGCUCUGGGGAUGGAGGUGAGGAACGACACGCCUUCACACAAUGAGGCAUUCUGCCCUCCUGCUGCCAUAAUUCCUCUCCGUGGAGAGCCGAGCGGGUAGGAGCCGAGUGCCGCUGGCGGUGUGCAUUGCGUGGCACUUAGGUGUGGGUGUGGGUGUGGGUGUGCGGUUCUCCUCUCGCCCACCCCCCCCCUCUGGCCACCGCGCCCUGUCUGUGGGCUCCUUUAACACCAGCCUGUGCUGUGGGACUGUCAUGGCAUUUAGUUCAGAGUUGAGGGGCUUUGGCCUGAAAUAAAAUUCCAAGUAUUUAA